AUGCUAGUAGUAUCUCCUGUAAUGCUUGGGGCAUCACCUGGGAUGCUCGGGGCAUCACCUGGGAUGCUCGGGGCAUCACUUUGGAUGCUUGGGGCAUCACCUGGGAUGCUUGGGGCAUCACCUGGGAUGCUUGGGGCAACACCUGGGUCGCUUGUAGCAACACCUGGGACGCUUGGGGCAUCAUCUGGGAUGCUUGCGGCAUCACCUGGGAUGCUUGGGGCAACACCUUGGACGCUUGUGGCAACACCUGGGACGCUUGGGGCAUCAUCUGGGAUGCUUGGGGCGUCACCUGGAACGCUAGAGGCAUCACCUCGCUAG